CCCUGUGCGCACGGCCCGGCGCGCGGACCCGGAGCUUCGCGAGUUCGGGGCGUCGUCGCUGGUGGUCGCUGCGGAUCCCCAGCCAUGGUCCUCACCGUGCGGGUCGUGUACUGUGGCGCUUGAGGCUACAAGCCCAAGUAUCUCCAGCUCAAGAAGAAACUGGAAGAUGAGUUCCCCGGGUGUCUGGACAUCUGUGGCGAGGGCACACCGCAGGUCACCGGCUUCUUUGAGGUCAUGGUAGGCGGGAAGUUGGUUCACUCAAAGAAGAGAGGCGAUGGCUACGUGGACACCGAGGUGAAGUUUCUGAAGCUGGUAGCCGCCAUCAAAGCUGCCUUGGCCCAGGGCUAGAGUGGCCCUGAGGGCAGAGCCCGGGGUCCUCGGCCCUGCCCCUCCCCGCUCGCUUGAUGACAGGAAGGACUGAAAUGUCCGCGGACCCCUGGUCCUUCCUCGAUGUUCUUGCGGCCUCCAGGUGGGGGCAGUGAUCGACGCCCCUGGGCUUUGCCUCUGCGUGGGAGAGUGAGGACUCCUGGUCACCUCUGCCCGCAGCCCCCCUCCCAUCUCCCACACUCCCCUUUCCCCACGACCCUGUCUUGUCAGAUGCGAAGCCUGUGGCUGCCUUCUCCAUCUGCUGCCAUGAGCAACAGCUCCAAUAAACAUUCAGUAAACCGAUGAGUUCAGAGCAA